AUGGAGAGUGAAGAAACUAAAAUACACUUCAGUGUCAAGGACACUGAAGGAAAAGAUGUUGGCUCUAUGAAGGCAAUAACUUCACCCAAGAAGCCAACAAAACUUUCCAUUAAAAUGCCUCCCCCUAGUAGAAAAAGGAGCUCUCCUAGUCUUGACCUCGUGCAAGAGGUCCUCCUCGCAAACGCUGGAGCGUGUGAGAGAUGUCCUCCUCGCAAACGCUGGAGCGCGUGCGAGAGGUCCUCCUCGCAAACGCUGGAGCACGUGCGAGAGGUCCUCCUCGCAAACGCUGGAGCGCGGACGAGAGGUCCUCCUCGCAAACGCGCCGGAGUUGUGACUCUUCACAAACACGCCGGAGUUGCGAGGAGAGGUCCUCCUCGCAAACGCUGGAGCGCAGGCGAGAGGUCCUCCUCGCAAACGCGCCGGAGUUGUGACUCUCUUCGCAAACACGCCGGAGUUGCGAGGAGAGGUCCUCCUCGCAAACGUGCCGGAGUUGCGAGGAGAGGUCCUCCUCGCAAACGCGCUGGAGUUGCGAGGAGAGGUCCUCCUCGCAAACGUGCCGGAGUUGCGAGGAGAGGUCCUCCUCACAAACGCCGGAGCGCGUGCGAGGGAUCCUCCUCGCAAACGCCGGAGCGCGUGCGAGGGGUCCUCCUUGCAAACGCCGGAGCUCGUGCGAGGGGUUCUCCUAGCAAACGCUGGACCUCGUCAGAGAUGUCUUCCUCACAAAAUUGCCCAGCCAAACAAUCGAGGCCAUCCCCAACGCAUCGACCUCGACGGUUUCCUGAAGAGGGUGGCCCACAGGUCGACGGAGCCUACACAACCUCCCGUAGCAGCAGCAGCACCAGCAGCAGACCGACGUAG